CGAGCGGCGAUGGAGCCGGGGAAGAGAAGAACCAAAGAUGAAACAUGGACAGCAGAUGACCUCCGAAAACACCUUUGGUCGACACUUCCUAGAGAAGAUAAGAAACACAAGGAAAAGAAGCUACAUAAGGACUUGGAAACGGAUGCCCCAGAGUCCAAGGAGCAGAAGCCCAGGGACCCAGACCGGGAUGCCAAGCACAGGGAGAGGGUGGCAGACAGAGACCGCCAUGGCUCCAGGGAGUAUCCUCGUGGGGACAGAGACAAGGAGAAGCCACGGGAGAGGAGAAGGGACGCCCGGGACCUGGACAGAGAGAAGCUGAGGGACAAGGCCCGAGAGCAUGACACAGAGAAGCACCAGAGCCGAGGCAAAGACCGGGAGAGGGACCGGGAGCGUGAGGGAGAGCACCGGGUGCGGAGGGAAGAGCCCAAGCCUGUGGCCAGGCACCACUGGCCUGAGCACAGGAUGCGGUCAGUAAGUAAAGUAAGAACUGACGAGAAUGAGAGGAGGGAUGAGAACUCUGAAAGAGGAGAUGAAGAGAGAGAAAGAAGAUACCGAGAAAGGAAGAUGUGUCCCAGGCGGUGUCCUGACUCAGGAGGACAGGCGCGUGGCAUUUGUACUCCUGUGGCAGGUGUGUCCUGCAAGCUGAUGUCUGAUACCUGUGGCAAACCCACCUGCUGCAUUU